UUGACCGUUUGCGUGCUGGACGAAAACGACAAUAGGCCCAAAUUUGAAAAGUCUCGGUACGAAUUUUCGGUUCGAGAGAAUCGAGCCAAGUACGGUUCGAUCGGAGCUGUCACAGCAACCGACCAGGAUACCGGUCAGAAUGGACGCGUCACCAACGUCUCCAGCCUGGCGAAUGAUAGCGACGCGAUGAAACUCUUCAUGCUCGACCCGAACACCGGCUCGCUGGAGAAUCUCGUAAUAUUCGACCGAGAAUUCAAAGAUGAAUAUCGAUUUUUCGUUGUUGCACGUGAUCACGGACAGCCAAUGUCGUUGUCAUCGGAAGCGGAAGUAGUCGUAAAAAUCACGGAUGAAAAUGACGAACUUCCGGUUUUUCAGAAAGAUAGUUACGUCUUCCACGUGGAAGAACGAAAC